UAAUAGUUAUUACCUUUCUGUAUAAUUGGGAGUAAGUCUUAACGGGUCACAUGAAUUGCAAACAAAAUAACCGACGAGUGUAUGGAAAAAACAAGGAAAGUUAAAACAACUAAUUUAAACAUUAAAACUUUGCAUUGAUAAUUUGUUUAUCACUGAAGCUUCUGAUAUAGGAGGCCUGAAUGAUAAUAUAUGAUAAGUGAAGUCAGUCUCGGUUUCGGAUAUCGCAAAAGGUAACGCAUGAUUUAAACAUACAAAUAUGCAUUCUAUUUGAUGUAAAUGUGUUGCAAUCAGUUCCAUGAUUUGUUUGAGACCUGUCAAUAUAGUUAAAUGGGCUGCACAAGUUCUAUAUCAUACAAACAAACUUCGUGCAAACAUUUAAACACAUACACGGGUCCAGUAAAAUCAACUAUAAUUGGUAUUAACAGUCUAAAUGAGCUCGCUCCUGCAGAACGACAUAUUGUGCGACGGACAUGGCCAACGUUGGUCAAAGAUAUACAAGGAAAUGGCUUACAAGUAUUCUUACGAAUAUUUGAACUUUGUCCGGAGGUUAAAGAACUAUUUUAUUUGGAAAAUGUUCGUCUUUCGGAAAUUGCUCGGAAUGUGAUCAUCAAGGCACAUGGAGCACGAUUCAUUAGCGCUAUUGGAGCAGCGGUAGACAAUUUAGAUGAUUUUGACCAAGAAGACAACAAAUUAUGCAGACUUUUGUUUAUUCUUGGACAACAACAUAAAAGAUACACUGGCUUUAAGCCAGAGUAUUUUGAAGUAUUCUAUGAAGCUCUUAUGUGGCAAUGGGAACGUUGUAUGGGUGAUCAAUUUACACCAGAAGUAUCCGAUACAUGGAGUCAUGUUUUCGUGUAUAUUUUGGAAAAACUAAAGGAAGGAUAUUUUUCAAACGAAGUAUUUACCGAAACACAACUUGACAACAGAUAAAUGACAGAUUAACAUAUGUGAGCCUCCAUGCUUCUCGACUACAUAAAUCUGUGAUAAAAAGAUCAUACAGUCUUGAUUUCUGCUAGUCUAAGAUUCAACGCAUUUUAUCUUUCAAUUUUUGUCAUAUCCGUUGUACUGGAUUCUGUUUUCACGCACAGCUAUUUAUCGAAACACAACUUGACAACAGAAAUGACACAUUAAUAUAUGUGAGCCUCCAUGCUUCUCGACGACAUAAUUCUGUGAUAGAAAGAUUAUACAGUCUUGAUUUCUGCUAGUCUAAGAUUCAAUGCAUUUUAUCUUUCAAUUCGUCUCAUAUCCGUUGUACUGGACUCUGUUUUCACGCACAGCUAUUUGUUUACUUUUACCUGCAAAGACUUGGAAAUCGUUUUACUUCGGGAAGUUUAUGAUAUGAAAUAAAAAUUAACUUUUUGUAUAUUCUAACAUAGAUAAAUCUAUAAAUGUUAUCAAUUUUUGUUACUAUAAAUGUUUAGUACCCAGACAGGUCGCUGGGUAUGGGUACAGAAUCUGGGCGUUUUUAUAUGCAUUGCAUUAGUCUUUAUUUGAUAAACUGAUCAUGUGAUGUUUGAUUCGAAAAUCCAUUGGAUGAUAUAGUUUAGGGUAUUAUAUACCUAAUAGUGUACCUCCUUUUGAAGAGUAUUCAAUUCCUACGAUUAACCUACAUUUAACUUCAAUUUUUCAAGGGGGCAUAGGUUCAAGCCUCGCUGGGACCAAUUUAUUUUCCUUAUAUUCCUUUUUUCUAGUAAGGUUUUACUUUUUUUUCAAGACUUACUAUUGAAAAAUGUUACUGACAGUUUUAUUUUGUGUUUUAUAAUUGUUUACCAAUAGUUUUACAUUUCUUUCAUCAAAAUUAAUGGUAUGAUAUAUUCUCUGCAAACAUUUUGGACAAUUACCAUCACUUUGAAAUUUGUCUCUACUUGAGCUUGGGGAAAUAUAAUAAAUUAUACAAAAUUUGUAAAAAUACGACAGGUAAAAGUUGUUUAAAAAUUGCAACACAGUGCAAAACAAGAUCAACUAAAGAAUAACCCAAGUGAAUGCCAUUCUUUAAACAUUUCUAUUAGGUAUCUAAUACCUUAAGAUAAUUUUUCAGAUAUUAAUCAGAUGAACAAACAUCAAGAAAAAGGAGAUUAAGGUUUUGGAUCUACAGCUGGAAUGGAAUGGUUUCCAUUAGAAGUUACAUGUUUUAAAAAACAGUUCAGUUUUAUC